UUUAUACACUUUUACUGAGGUAUAUAAUAUGCAUUAAGAAAAGAGAACAUGUCAGAAGAGUAGACUAUGUGACUUUAAGUAUUGUGCUUUCCACUUCCAUUUAUAUGGCAUAAACAAUCAUUUUACAGCUUUUUUCUAAAUUAAUAUAUAUUCAAUGUAAAAAAAAACAAAAUUGAGAAAAGUACAAAGAAACUACACAACAACCACAAUAUUACUAUGAAGAAAUUAACCAUUUGUAACAAUGGAAAAUUGUAACAGGGGUGAAUUGUAACCAACACCAGCAUUCUUUUGUCAUUGUUUCUGUAAGUGCAAACUCUGACCAUUAUGUAGCGUGUAGAUGAACAGCAUGUUGGUAUUGUAUAACAAUCCCAGAAAUCAGUUUCAAAAGAUACAGACCCUGACCUUCAGGCAUCCCAGUUCCGGGAGAUUUGCUGACCUUCAAGCACGGAGCCAGGAUGGCGUGACGUCAGGAUGACGUGAAUCCAUGAUGACUAAACCAGGAUGUUGCACACCGGACCAUCCCUUGCCUUGUCGGAAUGGACUGUGCUAGUCUUCUGCAUGUAGAGAACUCAGCAACCCCUUCCUUCCAUCUCUUUCCCCCUCUCCGUCCUUAUAAAAACCUCUGCCUCCACUGAGAGGGAGAAAUGGGCUUUUUGCUUGACAUGAGUCCCCUGUCUUCUCAGGAGAUGGGCUUUGAGAUAUGAGGCCCCCAUCUUUCAGGUGGCUGGCAUCUAGAAAUAAAACACUUCCCUUACAUCCGCACAUGCCUCCCUAGUAUUGGCUUUCAUAGAGGCAGGCAGCCGGACCUGCAUUUGGUUACACAUUCACAUUUUGUUGUAGUUUCUUCUAGGCCAGGGAUGUCAAACCCCAUUUUCACCAGGGGCCACCUCAACCUCAAGGUUGCCUUCAAAGGGCUGAAAGUAAUUUCAGGACUGUAUAACUGUAACUACUCCUUAACUGUUAAGCGAGAGCUCAGCACUUCCACCAGAUAGAAACAAAGUGCCAGGCCUGAUAAAGCAAGGUGGAGGGCCGGAUUCAGCCCGCAGGCCUUGUGUUUGCCACCUGUGUUCUAGGCUUCUUCCAAUGUAAAUAUACACAUAUACUUAAAAAAAAACAAAGAUGGAACUGUAUGAUCCUAUUCUUUGUAGUUUCUUAACAUUACCAUGCAUUGUGCACAUAUAAUUUUCCACAUAAUUAAAACUUUCCAUAUAAUUAAAUUAACAGUUACAUUCACUUUGCGGAAUGAUGCCCAAACAAUUGAACCACGCUGGUCAGGGCUACUUCAUAAUUUUUCCUGACUGAGUAGCAUUCUUUUUAAGUGAGGCCCCACUUAAUUUCAAGUUGUUUUCAGUUUUUUGACAUUGUGAAUAAUUCUGUGGUAAAUAUCAUUUUAUAUGUACUUAAUUUUUUUAUUUUUCAAUUACAGUUUACAUUCAAUAUUCAUUUUGUAUUGGUUUCAGAUGUUGAAAACAUUUUAAAAGCCAACAUUUUAAGUGCAGAAUAUAUAUGACUCUGUAUCUUAAAUGUGUAUCAAAAGGAAUUCCUGAUAUUCCCUCCAAACUUGCUUUAGCCAUAACCAUCUCCAUCCAAGUAUAGCUUCAUCUUCAAUUAGCUCAAAUAAACAAGCAAACAACAACAACAACAAAGCAAACACUGGAGUCAUCCUUGACCUGGACUCUUCUCUUUUUGUAUUAGUGAAAUCCAAUUAAUCAGAAAAUUCAGUUGGCUCUUUCUUCCACAGAGACCCAUAAUCGGACCAUUUCUCAUUACUUUCAUUGCUUUCAUACUCUGUCAGCAUCACCUCCUUCCUGGAUAAUUGCGGUGGCCUCCUAACUAGGGUUGCCCCACUCAGCAAAUAAAAAUGCAGGAUACUCUGUUAAAAUUGAAGUUCAGAUAAACAACAAUUUUGUUUUAGUAUAAGUAUGUUCCAAAUAUUGCCUUCUCCACACAGCAGCCAGAGGGAUUCUUUGAAAAAGUCAGACUAAGUCACUUCUCUGUUCAAAAUCCUGUGAUGUCUUUUCAUCUCAUUUGUAAGAAAAGGUAAAAAACAAACAACAACAAAACACCUUACAGCCAAGGCCCACCCACAGCUUGCAAGAUCUGCUACUGUGGACUGGUUCCUCUUUUAUCUCAUUAUCCUCCUCCUCCUCCCCUUCCCUCUGCUUGCACUUCCCUUCUCCCAGACCUGCCCAAUGUCCUUUAGGUCUUCGCUUAUACUCCUGGGUGAUACCUUCUCUACUCACCCUGUUUAAAAUUGCACACUUCCUUCUCCUUCCAUGCUUUGUACUUCUCUGACAUCACCUUCCUUCCACUAGAAUUGAAGUUCCAUGACAGCAUUUUUGCUCUUUUUGUUCACUGCUGCAUCUCCAGUGCUUAGAAUAGUUCGCAGUCAAAUAAUAGAUGCUCAAUAAAUAUUUAAUAAAUGUCGAGUUAAGGCAAUGUAGUUAUCCAAAUCAAUAAAUAGCUUUUGUGUCUGUUUCCCGUUCACAUUCUGAUCAUUCAGCAUGUUGUUAUCUAUUUCAAAGUAGUCAAGUGACUGCUGUAAUCCUAAACCCAUUUUCCGGUAAUUCUGUAACAGUAACACACAUUUAUGAGCGCAGACACGGUUCUAAGGUAUAACAAUAUCUCAGAACUUUAGGUAUUAUUAGUUCACUAAAAGAUGAGAAAAUCAAGAGACGGAGAGGUGAAUAAUUUGCUCAAGAUCAUAUAGGUGGGACAUGGCAAGGUUGGGUACAGAUCCUGCGUUUUUAGCUCCAUUUCUGUUUUCUUUUGAACUUGUGUUGGUUAAGAUACCAGUAAAAAGCUCUCAGGGAUUUAAGUCAAAACUCAACAAAUGCUAAGUGCUUUUUACCCCUCCGGGCAAGCGCUCGACAUUUUGCAUUUGAAUCCUGCCCUGGGGAAGCUGAAGGCAGGUGUCUGAAGGGGCGGGGAGGAGCCGCCAGACCCCCGCCAGCCAAUCAGAGCGGGCGGGAGUCUCCCUCCUCACCCCGCCCCCACUCUGACAUCCUCGCGCCAAAAUUCCAAACAAGACUUCUCGCCGCUCCCCGCCGUCUCCCUCCGCCGAGUUCCGCGAACCGGAACUAAGUAAGAAGAAGAAGUGAGCGUUCUCCCGCCACUGUCCGUUCAGGUCCUCAACAUUAUGGGCGCGGGUUCUCAACUUCGCCUGAAGUCCUUCCCUGCACGAAUGAGGAGUACAGUUCCAAUCCCGCCGUUGUAGGGUGGCGGCGUGGGCGGGACGAGGCAGCGGAGGGAUUCCUGGAGCGCGCGCCGAGAAAGCGGCCGCGGAGCUUGUGGCGCCAGAAUUCAGAGCGCGGAAGAGCCGGAGCGACCGCUACCUGGCACUCGGGUCUGUCUCGCGCCGCGGACGCGGCGGCCGGAGACCGGAGAAGAUGGUGGUCCUCCGCAGCAGUCUGGAGCUGCACAGCCACUCCGCCGCUUCGGCCGCGAGCUCCCUAGACCUGUCCAACGAGUUCCUCAGCUUGGAACACGUCGGCCGGAGGCGGCUCCGCUCGGCCCGCGCCGCCGAGCAGUCCUCAGUCGCCGCGGCCGCUGCGAGCGAUGGGUCUUCAGUGAAGGAAGUUGAAACCUACCACCAGAAACGUGCUUUAAGGACUUUGAGAAAAAAUGCACAGAAUUCUUCAGAUUCUAGUUUUGAUAAGAAUAUGGAAAUAACGGAAACACAUGCUAAUGGCAGGCAUUUUACAAGGCAAUUGGCCAGGCAGCAGGCUAAUAAAAAAAAAGAAGAGCACAAAGAAGCAAUUCCAGUUACUCGGUCACUGAGGACUAGAAACAUUGUUCAGACUACAGAACACUUGCAUGAAGAGAAUGGCGAUGUUGAGGUUCGACGCAGUUGUAGGAUUAGAAGCCGUUACAGUAGUGUGAACCAGUCUGUGCUAUUUGACAAACUUAUAACAAACACCGCUGAAGCUGUACUUCAAAAAAUGGAUGACAUGAAGAAGAUGCGUAGACGGCGAAUGAGAGGCCUGGAAGACUUGGCAGUGUUUAAUGAAACAAAAGAAGGGAAUCUUAAUAUGUACACAAGAGGAAAACGAAAAGGUAUUCAAAGAACUGAUGAAGAAACAACUGAUAAUCAAGAAGGCAGUGUGGAAUCAUCUGAAGAAGGUGAAGACCAAGAAGAUGAAGAUGAUGGUGAAGAUGAAGAUGAUGGUGAAGAUGAUGAUGAUGAUGGUGAAGAUGAAGAUGAUGGUGAAGAUGAUGGUGAAGAUGAAGAUGAUGAAGAUGAAGAAGAUGGAGAAGAAGAUAAUCAGAAACGGUAUUAUCUUAGACAGAGAAAAGCUACUGUUUACUACCAGGCUCCACUGGAAAAACCUCGUCACCAGAGAAAGCCCAACAUGUUUUAUAGUGGCCCAGCUUCUCCUACAAGACCAAGGUAUCGAUUGUCUUCUGCGGGACCAAGAAGUCCUUAUUGUAAACGAAUGAACAGGCGAAGGCAUGCGAUCCACAGUAGUGAUUCUACUUCAUCUUCCUCUUCUGAAGAUGAACAACACUUUGAGAGGCGAAGGAAAAGGAGCCGUAAUAGAGCUAUCAACAGGUGCCUCCCGCUAAAUUUUCGGAAAGAUGAAUUAAAAGGAAUUUACAAAGAUCGAAUGAAAAUUGGAGCCAGCCUUGCUGAUGUUGAUCCAAUGCAACUAGAUUCUUCGGUACGAUUUGAUAGUGUUGGUGGUCUGUCUAAUCACAUUGCAGCUCUAAAAGAGAUGGUGGUAUUUCCAUUACUUUAUCCAGAAGUCUUUGAAAAAUUCAAAAUUCAACCUCCAAGAGGUUGUUUGUUUUAUGGUCCACCAGGAACUGGAAAAACUCUGGUUGCUAGAGCUCUUGCCAAUGAGUGCAGUCAAGGGGAUAAGAGAGUUGCAUUUUUCAUGAGGAAAGGUGCAGAUUGUCUGAGUAAAUGGGUAGGAGAGUCUGAAAGACAGCUACGAUUGCUAUUUGAUCAGGCUUAUCAGAUGCGCCCAUCAAUUAUUUUUUUUGAUGAAAUCGAUGGUCUGGCUCCAGUACGAUCAAGCAGGCAAGAUCAAAUUCACAGUUCUAUUGUUUCCACCCUGCUAGCGCUUAUGGAUGGAUUGGACAGCAGAGGAGAAAUUGUGGUCAUUGGUGCUACCAACAGACUGGAUUCUAUUGAUCCUGCUUUACGAAGGCCUGGUCGCUUUGAUAGAGAAUUUCUUUUCAGCUUACCUGAUAAAGAUGCUCGAAAAGAAAUUCUAAAGAUUCACACAAGGGAUUGGAAUCCUAAACCACUGGACAUAUUUCUAGAAGAACUAGCAGAAAACUGUGUUGGCUACUGUGGUGCAGAUAUUAAGUCAAUAUGCUCUGAGGCUGCUUUAUGUGCUCUGCGUCGACGCUACCCACAGAUCUAUACCACUAGUGAGAAACUACAGUUGGAUCUCUCUUCGAUUAAUAUCUCAGCUAAGGAUUUUGAGGUGGCUAUGCAAAAGAUGAUACCAGCCUCCCAAAGAGCUGUGACAUCACCUGGGCAGGCACUGUCCACCAUUGUGAAACCACUUCUGCAAAGCACUGUUCACAAGAUCUUAGAAGCCCUGCAGAGAGUAUUUCCACAUGCGGAAAUCAGAACAAAUAAAGCAUUAGACUCUGAUAUUUCUUGUCCUCUGUUGGAAAGUGACUUGGCAUACAGUGAUGAUGAUGUUCCAUCAGUAUGUGAAAAUGGGCUUUCUCAAAAUUCCUUUACUAAGGCUAAAGAAAAUUUUAAUUUUCUUCAUUUGAAUAGAAAUGCUUGUUAUCAACCUAUUUCUUUUCGACCAAGAAUAUUGAUAGUGGGAGAACCAGGAUUUGGUCAAGGUUCUCAUUUGGCACCAGCUGUCAUCCAUGCUUUGGAAAAACUUGCAGUAUACACAUUGGACAUUCCUGUUCUUUUUGGAGUCAGUGCUACAUCUCCUGAAGAAACGUGUGCCCAGAUGAUUCGUGAAGCUAAGAGAACAGCACCAAGUAUAGUGUAUGUUCCCCAUAUCCACUUGUGGUGGGAAAUAGUUGGACCAACACUCAAAGCCACAUUUAUCACAUUAUUACAGAAUAUUCCUUCAUUUGCUCCAGUUUUACUACUUGCUACCUCUGACAAACCCCAUUCUGCUCUUCCAGAAGAGGUGCAAGAAUUAUUUAUCCAUGAUUAUGGAGAAAUUUUCGAUGUCCAGUUACCUGGUAAAGAAGAACGGACAAAAUUUUUUGAAGAUUUAAUCAUCAAACAAGCUGCUAUGCCUCCUCUAUCAAAAAAGAAAGCAGUUUUACAGGCCUUGGAGGUACUCCCAGUGGCACCACCACCUGAACCAAGACCAUUAACAGCAGAAGAAGUGAAACGGCUAGAAGAACAAGAAGAAGAUACAUUUAGAGAACUGAGGAUUUUCUUAAGAAAUGUUACACAUAGGCUUGCUAUUGACAAGCGUUUCAGGAUAUUUACUAAACCUGUUGACCCCGAUGAGGUUCCUGAUUAUGUGACUGUAAUAAAGCAACCAAUGGACCUUUCAUCUGUAAUCAGUAAAAUUGAUCUCCACAAGUAUCUGACUGUGAAAGACUAUUUGAGUGAUAUUGAUCUAAUAUGUAGUAAUGCUUUAGAAUACAAUCCAGAUAGAGAUCCUGGAGAUCGUCUCAUUAGGCACAGAGCCUGUGCUUUAAGAGAUACUGCCUAUGCAAUAAUUAAAGAAGAACUUGAUGAAGAUUUUGAGAAGCUUUGUGAAGAAAUUCAGGAAUCUAGAAAGAAGAGAGGUUGUAGUUCCUCCAAAUAUGCCCCAUCUUAUUACCAUGUGAUGCCAAAGCAAAAUUCCACUCCCGCUGGUGAUAAAAGAUCAGAUCCAGAGCAGAAUGAAAAGCUAAAGACACCCAGUAUUCCUGUGGCUUGCAGCACUCCUGCUCAGUUGAAGAGAAAAAUCCGCAAAAAGUCAAAGUGGUACUUAGGCACCAUAACAAAACGAAGAAAGAUUUCACAAGCAAAAGAUGGUAGCCAGAAUGUCACAGAUGACAAAAUUGAGAGUGAUACAGAGGAAAAUCACGAUACAAGUGUUGACCCCAACGAAACCGGUAACACAGGAGAGUCUUCAAUGGAAGAAAAUGAGAUGCAGCAAAAUGGCUCUGAAAGCAAAAUAGAUUUGGGAAAUAAUUCAAGUACCUGUAAUAUUGAGAAAGAACUUGAAUCUGGGAAGGCUACAGCAUGUACAGAAUUGAAAAAAGAUAAGAUUGCUUGCAAUGGAGAUGCUUUAAGCUCUCAACUAAUAAAUAUAUCUGAUGAAAAUGAAGCAAAAGAAAUGUGGACUCUGCGGAUGACUCGUGCUAGACGUUCCCAAGUGGAGCAGCAGCAGCUCAUCAGUGUUGAAAAGGCUUUGGCGAUUCUUUCUCAGCCUACACCUUCACUUGUUGUGGACCACGAGCGAUUAAAGAAUCUUUUGAAGACUGCUGUUCAAAAGAGUCAAGAAUACAAUAUUUUUCAGCUGGAAAAUUUGUAUGCUGUCAUCAGCCAGUGUAUUUAUCAGCAUCGCAGAGACUAUGACAAAACAGCACUUAUUCAGAAAAUGGAACAAGAGGUAGAAAACUUCAGUUGUUCCAGAUCAUGAUGUCAUGGUAUCACAUAUUCUCUGUACUGUUUUUUAUUUAGUUCACUUUUGUCAUGUUCACAUAAUUGAUACAAGAUGAAAUCCUGCAUUUUUAAGGAAAAGAUUAAAAUAGUUAAAUAAAAAUAUUUAAACCUUCUUGAUAUUUAUGUACAUGUAUAAUAUAAAUUACAGAGAUAACUGAAAAUGCUGGGAGUUUGAGCGAACAGGGCACUAUAGUAAUAGUAAUGCUGUGACAUAUCAGUCGCUGAAGUGUGGCCAACUCUUAAUAUGAAGUUACUUGAUAGCUCAUAUUUUAUAGCACUGAAGAGUAAUUAGUGCAUUGACAUUUUUUGUUUUAAGCACUUUUAAUUUUAUUUUUUUCAAUAAUAGUAUAUUGUAUCAGGCUAGAACUUAACCAUUUGCCAGCCUUUUUGUUGUCUUUGUUUUCUUCAGUGCCCAUCUCCCAUCUGCUUUUCAGUUGCCCUGCCCAUUCACUUAAAGCCAGUGUUCAAGUCACAAUUUGCCAGAGGGCCCUUGACAAGUUCUGGCUGUGCCACAAUUCUGUACUCCAGUGUCAGAAUCAAUUCUUUUUAGAUAAACGUUUUUAUAAUUCUAAUUUGAGUUAAUAAAUAUUUUAAAUAUUUUCAGUUAAGUUUUAUAAGUAUACACAACAAACAUAUUAAUAACUACUUUGCUAAACAGCUUUUUAUUAGCACAGAGUUUUUAUAUUCAAAAACUGUUUAUAUUCUUCUAAAUUUGUGUUUAGGUUAUAUUCUAUAUAUACCUUUUAUAUGCAAUUAUAUAAGUAUUAUAAAUUUUGUAUUAAUGAUACCAAAAAUACAUUUCUUUCUUAAAAGAAUAAAACCAUUCACCACCAUGCAUUUGAUUUCAGCAGCCAUUUAAUACUUAUAAAAUAGCUUAUGUUGGAAACCUUCAAAAGGAAUAGGGGAUAAUGACCUCAUACGAGAGAUUCUGAUCCUAAGAUAGUUUCAAAGUUGAGCUGCCUUUUGCUGAUUUAUCUGGAUAUUGUGUUUAAAGCCUAAAAUCCAAUAAUUCAGAUACUUUAAUUAAUAGAUCCUAUUUGUAUAAUGCAUAAAGCAAUGCCUGGUCACUGAAAACAUUCGAGUAUGUGUGUAUUCCUGGAUUCACACACACACAAUCACACACACAUACACUAUUUUUAUUGAAGUUUAUUAUAAUUUAUUCCAAACGCAUCUUUUAUAAGUAGGAUUUUAUUUGUAUGUAUAAUUUUUGUAAUAAAUUAUAAAUCUGAAAAUUGUUUCUCAAA